AUGGAUCCCAUUCUGCCUGAUGGUGUAGUUAGCCUCCUCACUGAUUCUGUCUCAGUUACAACAUGUCUUGUGCUGAUCUUCUCAGCCUUUGUCAUUACUUGGUAUUGGAUCAAUAGAAAAACAGAGAGUGGCAACUUUAAAGGGCGUCCGUUGCCUGGACCCUGGGGCAUCCCUGUCUUUGGGAACUUGUUCUCUUUCGACCAAAGAAAUCCACACCUAUCCUUGAUGAAACUGGCCAAAGUCUACGGAAACAUUUGUAAGAUUCGGUUGGGUAGCAAGCCAGUACUUGUCUUGAACGGACGAAAGGCGAUUUAUAAUGCAUUUGCAAAACAAGCAGUCGUAUUUUCUGGUCGCCCUAACCUGUUUAAUUUUAAAGCUAUUAAUAGAGCUACCAGCUAUGGGCCGACCGUCAGUUUUACGACAUACAGCGAGGAGUGGAAAGACCAUCGGAGAAUUGUAGAAAGAACCCUCCACAAGUUUAGUACAGGAGGUCAGGUAUCUUUCCUCGAAAAGGUCACGCAAAGAGAGGUUGAAGAGCUGAUCAGGUACCUGACAGUUUCUAAACAUGAGACAACUGCAGACAUUCCAUGUCUAAUUCGUAUAUCUUUCAGUAAUAUCAUGCUUUGGUUUAUGUUUAAAAAGCGUGCUGCUUACAACGACAAGAAGUAUAUAGAAUUUAUGAGUUUUUUUGAUGAAUUCAUGAAGGAAACCGGAAGUGGAAAACUCAUAGACUAUCUCCCUUGGCUUAGAUUUCUUCCUUUCAAACCAUCCACAUUAUUUUUAGAAGCGUUGAAGAGGUUCAACCAAGGCACACGUGGACUCAUCAAUGAACAGCAUGAACUAUAUGAUCAGAAAUCAGUUAAGUAUCUUAUGGAGGAAGUACAAACCACCCACCAGGAUACUGCCGAUAACGAUUUUAAAUGCAUGGAUAUUUCGGGACCACAAGCUCUUCAGAAUGCGUUCGAAUUAUUUGGAGCAGGAUAUACAUCUACAGGGACAAUCAUGGAGUGGGCCAUGGUUUACAUGGCUCUGUUCCCUCAAGAUCAAUCUGAUAUUCAACGCGAGAUAGAUAGCGUAUUAGGUCGUGACCGUUUGCCAAGCAUGGACGACGUUGACAAGCUUCCAUUGACGCAGUCCUGUAUUCUUGAAGUUUUGAGGAUCCGAGGAGAUGGACCUUUGACCAUUCCUCAUAGCACGACCAAGGAUAAUAUUCUUGAUGGCUUCUUUGUUCCUAAGGACAUGUUAGUUUUUCUUAAUCUUCAUUCAGCUCAUCAUGACUCGGAGGUUUGGGACAAGCCAGACGUAUUUAACCCUCGGCGGUUCCUGUCGCAGGAUGGAACAUUGGACAAGGAGAAAGCGAAUCUUUUGAUAGCUUUCGGCCUAGGUCGGAGACAGUGUAUUGGAUCAAGUUUGGGACGACUGGCUCUGUUUAUAUAUUUCACGACGUUCUUACAGAAAUUAAGAUUUACUCGACGUAAAGAUGAAGAAGUCAAUGUGUGUUAUGUGUACGGGCUCAACUCACGCCCGUUGAAUUUCAACGUACACAUCGAAACCCGAUAG